AGUGAUACCACGUACAGACGUGUUCUUAACUUUGACUUUCCAAAAUGCGCGCCCACCACACGGCCCACAAUUUCCAGGCAUUUCCAGUAUAUUCUUCUGCAUUCAUAUCAAACAACGAACUCGUCCUAGGCGGUGGUGGAGGUGCCUCGCGUAGCGGUAUCAAAAACAAACUAAGACUGUACCAUGUCGGAGAGGACCGCUCUGUCGACAUGCUCGACGAGUUCGAGCUCGAGGCAGGAGAGGAUGCUCCAAUGAGCAUGGCAACCAAUGUUCAGUCCAGGACCCUUGUAUGCGGAGCAAACAGUACCGAGGAUCUCGUAGCUAAGGGUCAGAAUGAGAACUGUCGCGCUUUCGCUAUCAAGAACCACAAGUUCAACUUUCUUCGAAAGCAAGGAACUUUGGACUCAGAAAGCAUAGAGGAAUUUCAGAAAGUAACAGUUCUAUCAGAAGACGGUUCCCUCGUUGCGGCCGCAGGUCCUAACAUCAUUCACCUCAUGUCGCUGCCUUCGCUCACAUUACGCGCGACACCGAUCUCUACCGCGAAGGAAAUAUAUGACGUUGCAAUCGUCAAGGAUACAAUGGUCGCUGUCACUACCGCGGAAUUACUUAUCUACUCGAUUCCAUCAAAACAACACAAGUCAUCACCUUCUAAGAACAAGAAGAAGGGCAAGCUAAAAGCGACUGCAAUACCUGAACUGAAACUCCAGAGAACUGUAGAGUUUCCCAAUUCAUUGAACGGUGUCUCGGGAGGCACUUUCCGAAGUGGACGAUAUCAUCCUAAAGAUAGCAAUGUUUUCUAUACGGCAGUCAACACGACGCCUGUCCGUUCGCGGAAGAGCAGGUCUAUGCCUCGGCAAGCCUUUGUGUGCAAGUGGGAUACGGAAACAUGGACUGUUGACAAGGUCCGAAAAAUUGGAGACCGUGCGUUGACCUGCUUCGAUAUCAGCCCCGACGGGCAAUAUCUGGGCUUUGGUUCAUCAGACUUGUCCAUUGGGUUGUUGGAUGCCAAUACGUUGACUCCUGUUGUGUCGAUCCUGAAAGCCCACGAGUUCCCUCCGACUACAAUAUCAUUCAGCCCCGAUUCACACCUUUUCGUUUCUGGAAGUGCGGAUAAUUCUGUCAGGGUUGUAACUGUUCCGGAUUCUUCCUCGUCAUCCUUUUCAUGGGCCAUCAUUCUCUUAAUUCUCACUGUGCUCAUAGUGUUGCUAGCGGCUGCAGCACAGAAAAUGCUUUGAGUGUCUUAUUAUAUAUUAUGCGGACGGUUCGGCUCUGUGGUAUUUAUGAUACAGAAUUAUCGUUUCUUUCCGACUUCUUCAGGACACCCGACCGGCCUGAAUGACGUUAUUCAAAUAACGGUAGGUAAUGAGCAGGAUACCUUGCCUGUUCCACAAAGGUUGAAGGAGGCUUUGUCGCCAAGAUGCAGUUCAAAGGCGAGAACAGACGCCUAAUUUAAUUUAACUAGAAAACAGUGUUUCGCCUUUAAACAUCCCAUUGGACAAGGACGUGCUCUUCCCUCCAAGCUUCCCGAGCAUCUUGCCCAUUUUCCGUGCAGCAGUCCUUUUCACAAGAGAACACCAUACAAGUUCCCCAGUCCAUACCAC